UAAUAAACGCAAAAUUAGUCCAUCAAGAAAAGCCAUUGCGGGGCAAGAGUUUAUUGAACCCAUCAUGGGGGAUACUAAGCUCUUUGUUUUGCUGCUUUUCUACAUCGCCUUUACAGAGGCUCUAGACGAUGAAGCGGUGUGCCUUUUGGCUAAAAGGUACAAGUCCUUUCAAAAGUAUGAAUACCUUUAUGAAGCAGAGUCUCUAAACACACUUAAUGGAGUUAUCAAUGGACCCAAAGUCAGCUGCAAGGUUGAGAUUGAGGUUCCUGGCACUUGCCACUUCAUUGUGCAAACAAAGGAGUGCACACUGAGUGAGGUCGUGGGUGUUGAUGAUGAUGGAAACCCAAUCUUUGAAACCACUGCUGGUGCUGAGAACUUCAAGGCUGAAAUGGAGAAGAAUCCAUUGAAAGUCAUUGUAGAAGAUGAUAAUGACAUCAAGCUCUUCCCUGAGGAUGAUGAGCUAAUCAACAUCCUGAACAUCAAGAGAGGUAUCAUCUCUGCCCUGGCUGUGCCUGUGCUCAAAGAAGAAAAGAAUAAGAAAAUGCCUACUAUCUAUGGUCUGUGUACGACUGAUUACACUGUGAACACCAGAGAAGAUAUUGCCACUGAUGUGACUCUCAACAGAGACUUGUCUAGAUGUGACCAAUUCAAGCCAAUCAUGGACCACACCAGUCCUCUGGCUCUUAUUACAGGCAUGCACUACCCACUUGCUCAGCUGAUCAGAAGCAAACAGACUUGCAGCUACAAAUUUGACAAUAAGCAAAGACACAUGACCUCUGGCGUCUGCAACGAGGACCAUCUCUUUGUGCCCUUUUCUCACACGGAGAAGGACGGACUUAUCAUUGUUGCCAAACAGACGCUGUCUAUGUUAGAAGUGACUGAGUACAACGAAAGAGUGUUUGAUCACAAUGAGGCCAACAUGAAGACCCUGUAUCUUGAUGAGAGUGUUGAUAUGAGCCCAAGUCAAGAUGAAAAUGCCAUCCUUGCUGUUCUGAGGGAGCUGUCUGGCCUUUCCCGAACCACCAAUGGACAACAGCGAGCACACCUGGCUUACAAGCUUGUAGCUGUGAUCCGAAAGAUGAAUGCUGAUACAUUGUCUGCAGCUUUGCCAAAGGCUCUGGAAAUCUCUCCUUCACUGACCUACCAGGCUCUGUUUCAGUGUGGCACUCCAGAGUGCAGCAGUGCCUUGAUGCAAGUUCUCAGAACCUUCAAAAGUCCAUCUGAGAUUGAUGCUGCAGUCUAUGCCAUGGGAUUGGUGCCCAACCCCUCUCGUGUACUUGUCAAAGAAAUGCUGAAGAUGGCCAAGUUUAAGCCAAGCAAACUCAUUUACUAUGCUACCAGCAAUGCUGUUAGGAGGCUCUAUAAGGCAAAGAAAAGAGUCACUCCUGAAAUCCAAGCCGUGGCAGAUUAUGUCCUUGAGAAUAUUGGGGACUGCACAGGUGAUCAGGAGCACAUCUAUUUGACUCUAAGGGUUAUUGGAAACAUGGCUGAAGCUGUGGGUGCUGCCAGUCCUGCCCUGAUGUCAGCUGUGAUUCAGUGCAUUAACCAACCUGUUGCCUCCAGCGAGGUACAGCAGGCAGCCAUUCAGGUCUUCAGACUGACCCCUGUUCCUGAAGAGAGCAGAACAGUGCUAAUGCAGGUUCUCCUAGACAAAGUAGCUCCUGUAAAGAAACGUAUUGCUGCUUACCUCAUACUGAUGAAGAAUCCUCAGCCUGGUGAACUUACACAGUUGACAGCAGCUCUACCCAGUGAAGAAGACCUGCAGGUCAAGAGCUUUGUAAUAUCCCAUCUUACCAACAUUCUGAGCUCUACUGCAGAAGAGACAAAAGAAUUUGGGCAGAAAGUUAUUGAUGCCCUUCAAGGCAAUGAGGUUGGAGAUGUCAUGGAUGCCACUAAGUUUUCUCGUAACUACAAGAUUGGAUCUCUGGAGGGAAAUAUGGUCUUUGACAAAGAAAACAAGCUGCCUACUGAAAUCAUGCUUGAAAUGACUCUUAAUGCUUUCGGAUAUGACAUUGAUAUGGUUGAGAUUGGUUUGGAGGGCAAGGGAUUUGAGCCAACAGCCGAUGUUUUGUUUGGUCCUAAUGGUUUCUUUCCUGAUACGGUGAUGAAGACUUUUUAUUAUGCUAUUGAUAAGAUGCCUUCCCAAGUUAAUGACAUCCUCAACACCAUGAUUCCAGGAUUGAAUGACAGAAAAAAGAGACAGGUACCAAAAAAUAUCAUCAAAGAAAUUAGUAAAAAUGUAAACAAGCUAAUGAAGAACCUGAAGACCCAGAAUGCCCCGGAGGUCAUGCUCUACCUGAGGUUGUUAGGUGCUGAGCUUGGCUAUCUUAAAACCAAAGAUUUGGAAGCAAUGGCCUACAGUGUGACAAAGGUGGCUGAAAACCUCCUGAAGGUGUUCCCCAGUGAUUGUCUCAAGAACCUGUUUUCAAGCAUUGACAAUGAUCUCUUCCUUCAUUACAUCUUUAUGGACAAUGAGUUCUAUCUGCCUACUGGUCCUGGUCUUCCACUGAGAGUGGCUUUGUCUGGAACCUUUACACCUGGCAUUAAAGGAGGACUCAUAAUUAGUCCACAAAUGAAUGAGAUUGCUUUCAUGCCAUCUGCUGAUGUUGAGUUUGUGACUGAAAUUGGUGCUCACCUCCCAGACUAUGUUAACUCUGGCCUGAAGAUGCACACAAAUAUCUACCAUGAGAGUGGUUUGAGAGCAAAAGUUACCAUGGCCCGCAAUCAGUUCAAGCUGACUAUCCCUGUUCCAGAAAGCCCCGUUAAGCUUCUCAGUGUGAGCAACUCCAUUGUGUCUGUCACUGGAGAUAAAACUAAUACGAUUCCUGCUAUGAGAGACAAUGUUGAGAUGAAUAAAUGUGCACCUCUCCUCCCUGGUGUGAACUUUUGUGGUGUCCUUCAGUACUCAGAAGACCCCAAAAGCGUUCCUCUUUAUGGUUUCAGCAAAUUUGCUCUCGAGCUGCACCCCACAGUUGAUGUCUCUAAAUACACUGCCACUAUUAGCUAUGCACAUGAGGAGAACACAGAAAAAGUCACAUUUGAUGUAAAAGCUGAAGGAACAACCUUUGGGGCCACAUCCAAAAUCAUGUUUAAUAGACAGGAAUACACUGCUUCUGCUGAACUCCAAAUCCCUGACUAUGACAUUAUGGCUGGUAUUAACAUUGCUGCUGACCCAAACACUAAAGACAAGGGGACACAUUCCAUCCAGAUUGAUUUCAUCAACAAGAAAAUCCAUCAGGCAACUCUUAUUGGCCUGGCAAAUUACAAAGCAAUGGAAGAUGCUCUAUUGCAGGUUCAAUUGCUUGUCCCAUCUCUUGAGGCUAAUGCAAAAGUGACUGCCAAUCUAAAGUAUGCAGAGGAGCUGAAGCUUGAAAGUUACCUUAAGUUUCUUGACACAUCCUCUGUACAGAAACUCAUUCUAAAAUAUGAUAAUGACAAAGUUGAAGCUAAGAUUAUUUCAGAUGUCAGCUCUAAAACCGAGAACAUUGUUUCAAAUUUUCACAACAUAAUGGAGAACAUUGGAAGCUUUUUGGAUCAGAAUAUUGGACAGACUGAAAAAAUCUCUAAUGUUUUAACCUCGUUAAUAAAGACGACGAAUUCCUACACUGAAGCUUCUGAAAUCCCGUAUAUAGAAUACUUAUGGAUUCCUAAUCUUAUUGAUUUUGAGGUGCCUGAGACGCUCUUUUUAAAUAUUAAAGCAGGUGCAAAGUAUCACUUUGGUAAGCAUUACUACACCAUAACCCUUCCAAUGCCUCUUGGUGGCAAAUCAUCCAAGGAUUUGAGCCUUCCACCUGCUGUCACCAUACCAAAUCUGGCUAUACCUCAGCUUGGUCUAAAGAUUGCCUCCAUUAAAGUUCCACUGCCUGAGGUCUUGAUUCCCAAGACCCUGACUUUGUCUCUGCCUACCCUUGGAAAAGCAGAAGUGUCUGGUAAACUUAGCAGCAAUCUCUAUGACCUGGAGGCAACUGUGUCUGCUGGCCGAGAUUCUGAUGAACAUCAAAGCUAUUCUGCUAGAUUUGGUGUAACUGGAUCUGGUCCUGUAGAACUCUUGUCAGUUAGAACUGAAGGAUCAGCCUUGAUUACUGGAAUAAUGACGGAUACUUUAAAGGCAGAAAUGGAAACUUCUGUCCACCACAAGCUCAUUGAUGCUAGUAUCAACAUUGCUGAAGAAAUACAACUGAUGGAGAAAAUCAGAGUAAAAUCAAGCAGCAAGCUUGAAGCCACCAGUCCCUUCAGUGUAAAGUUUUCUCUGGAACAUACAAGCCAAGUGGCAGUCAAUACAGAAGAGAUCUCUGGUGAAAGCCACUUGAAAGGGUCCUUCCUCACUGGUUCUAUUGAUGGUGAUGUCACACUGACACAAUCACUUGCUCUAUUCCCAUUUAAGCCAGAGGCAAGAAUUGAUUCAACAUUAAAAAUUAAUGCAACUCCUUUCCAGGCUCAGAAUAAAAUUGAAGCAAGCUUUGUUGAUGGAGAGCUAUCAGUUAUAUCAACCUCAGCUGCAUUUGAAGAUAUGCUGACACAUAAUGCUGCAGUUACUUUAAUGAGCUCAGGGUGUGUUCUUACAUCUGACACUAAGGCAUCAGCUUUGGGAAUGGAGGUCUAUAAUAUUGCUGAAGCAAACAUUGGUCUUAAGGACAUCAUCAUCAAGAUUAAAACAACAACCAGUCAUUCGGAAAACCAAAUUUACUCCUUGAUUUUUGCAACUCUAAGUGGCAAUGGUCUUGUGGCUAAUAAUUUUGCUUCCAUUAAGCUAGAUGAACAUUCAGCAACACAUAAAGCCAAUGUGACCCUCAACAGAAAUGGUCUGGUUACCAGUGGCACAACCUCCGUGAAUAGCCUGCUUACCCUUAAGAAUACCUUCAAUAGCAUCCUUGAUUCUUCUCAAUUUUCUCUAUCAACCAAAACAAAUGGAAAAUUAUUAGGCAUGGCUAUGGACAAUACCAACUCCAUAUCUGCUGAAAUGUUUUCAGUAAAAUUAACUUCUCAAUCUCGAGUUGAUGUUGCCCAGGAUAUAUGGUACAUAUAUGACAUCUCAGCUAAGGCUGAACCAUACACUGCAACUGCUAGUGUGACAAGUAAUUUGAAGCUUGCCUCUGCUACAGAGCUGAAAAACACUUGCGAAUUCAAGCUUGCUGGUCUGACUGGAAAUGUUAAGUGCAGUACAAAUGGAAACAUCAUUGGAGCUUUCAUGAGUCAUGACACUGAAAUGGAGAUCAUUGGAGUCGGUGUUAGAAUCAACAAUGGUGCACGCUUCAAUUCCGAAUUUGCUCGCUUCACUACUACUCUUCAGGCCACAGCUUCUCCAUUGAGCAUUAAUGUGAAUGCUCUUGCCAAUGGUGAUGGGGAGUUGUAUCUCUAUGGAAAACAUUCUGCCCAGGUGUACACAAAAUUUCUUCUGAAGGCAGAGCCACUUGCUUUUGCUCAUUCCCAUGAAUGCAGGAUCUCAACUACACAUGAGUUGAACAAUAAUGUUAUUUUUGAGGCCAAUAUUGAUAAGAAGGUUGACACCCAACUGUCACCUUCUGAGCAAUCAGCAACAGUAACAAUAACAUCUAAAAUAAACAACAAUUUAUCCAAACAAGAAUUAAAAGCUUAUAACAACCAUGAGAAGAUUGGACUGGAAAUGUCGGGUGAAGUCACAUUCAGAGGAAGUCAAGAUUUCUUAAUCUCAGCUUUAGUUCAGUAUGAUAAGAACUCAGAGAGUCACAUUAUCAACCUGCCACUUUUGUCUGCAGUCCUGGAGAACCUAAAAAACACUUUUGUGUCUCUUGCUGAGACAUUACAGGAUUAUAUAAAAAGAAACGAGUUUGUUGUCCAGAUUAAUACCCUUCGUCAGCACAUCAGUGAAUUUCUGAUUGACUUAAAAUUUGAAGAAAAAGUUGACCAGCUCAAAACAAGCCUGGUUACAUUUGUACAGGACUGUCAAUUCACUACGAAAGAGCUGGAGGCUGCUGUAACUCAACUCAAGACUGUCACACUAAACGUUUUAGCUGAGUUCAGUAGUCGUGCCAAUGAAGUACAGGAAUUGAUUUUGAGUGGGGCUCUGUCUGACACAGUUGUGCAGAAGUUAAAUUCACUCAAUGAAGAAUAUGACAUCAGAAGCAUGCUCCUUGCUGUCAUUGAAGCCAUUGAAAAUGUGAUUAAACAAACUGAUAUUACUAAACUGGCCGACAGCAGCAUUCCUGUAUUCUAUGAUGUUGAAAAACUGAAAGAAAUAAAAUUGCAUCUGCAGGAAUAUGUGGCAGAUCUGAAAAAUGUGGUCACAAAUUUUGAUAAGGCUCGGUUUGUCGAGCAAAUACAAAACAUCAUUACAACAACGGAGAUGUACACAAACCAUCUGCUUGCCAAAUUACCCAAAGAAGAGAUCGGCAAGAUUGCUAAUACUCUAAAGCAACUCAUUACUGAACUGGACAUCACUGGUAGUUGUAAAGCCUUAUACAGCAGUUUUAAAGACAUUUCCACAAAGUAUGAACUUGACAAGAAGAUUAAAGAAUUUUUGGAUAAACUUCAUGAACUCAUGAAACAAUUAAACGUUGAAGAAAUAAUCGAAGUCCUUGGUACGGCGAUGAAAGUCAUUCCUGAAAUAUUAACAGACAUACUUGGUGAAGUCCUCAGAGAACUGAAGAGCACUGACAUAAAGACAAUCAUUGAAGAAUUUAACGAAUCAAUUGAGUAUAUUGUUCAAUCAGUGAAGUCAUUUGAAUACAACACAUUUGUAGAUGAUUUUAAUAGAUUUCUUAAUGAGUUCAUAGUAUUAUUUAAUGAUGUUCUGUCAAGUAAGCUGGAAUUGGAGGAAUUUAAAAAAUACAUUGAAGAUGCCAUGUCAUUUACAUCUACAUUCUUGGAAGAGCUACAAUCAGCCAAGGUAAAAGAAGUGAAAGAUCUUAUUGACACGUAUGUUCUUAACAACAUUAAAACAAUUGCUCAGAAGUUCAAGCAGGACAUUGUUGAUAUGGACAUCAGAGGAGAGCUGCAGCUGGCUUUGCAGCAAUUGAGGGAUAUCUAUAACCAGGUUAUGGCUAUCCUUACUAAUGCAUUCAAUGACACAAAAGUCCUUGGUGAUCAAGAGUUUUUCACUGAGCUAAAGCAAAUCAUUGUCAAUGUCGUUGAGGCCCUCAGGACAUCUGAAAUUGAGAUACCCUCCUUCACUGUACCACUGACUGACCUGAUUCUUCCUUCUUGGAAAUUCAGUUUGCAUGAACUUCAGGAGGCUGAGUUGCCUGAACAGAUUAACAUUCCACAAUUCACAAUACUGGGAUCCUACAAUGUUCCAGCAGUGAUGAUUACUUACGAUGACUUCAAGCAAAUACUCAUAGAACUUGCUGACUUCAUUAUACAUUUUAAUAUUGAGCUGUUUGAUCAUUUCUACAUUGAAAAACUCUACCCUGACCUCUCUACCAUAACACUGCCAGAGAUUACUUUGCCAUCUAUUUCACUGCCUACCCUUCCAAAAUUAAGUGAUAAGUACAUUCUUGACCUUCCUCUUCAGAUUCCUGAGAUCAAACUGCCAAAAAUCCCAGAUACACUAGUUUUGCCUGCAUUUGGAAAGCUCCAUGGCAUGAUCAGAGUAAACAGUCCAAUUUACAAUAUAAGAACCAUUGUUGAAGUUAAAAAUUCCACUGACAGUAAACAUAUGCAUCACUUUAUAGCUCUUAUUAAUUCAGUGGGAGAAUCUUCAAGCUUUAAUAUUCUAACCUAUAAUCUGGAUGCAACUAUGCGCAUUGGUUUACCAAAAAUGAGUCGUGUAAUUAUUGCAGAUACUCUUAAGUUCAAACAUAGUGCCCUUACUGUUGAACACCAGGCUGCUGCAACCUUAUAUGGCCUCUCUGCCCAGGCAACUGCCCAAACAACUGUGAAAGUUACAACCAAACCCUACUCUGCAGACAUCUUUAAUAAAGCAUUCUUCGCAUUGGGAGGUGGAAUGUCAACAUCUUUUGAAACAAAUUAUAGGCACAGUGUAAACUUCCCUGCGCUAUCACUGGCCAGUGAUGUUAGUCUGAACCACUCAGCUCUUAUAUCGCAGAAGGACGGCACCAUUCACGUAACAGUUGGAAAUUCCGGCACUGACAGAUUGUCAUAUUACAGCUAUUCUGCUGAUGGCACCCACAAGAGUGACCUGAGCUGCACAAUUUCACCAACAAGUAUUAAAAUGACACUUACUGGUGACACAGACAGCCCCAUUCUAAAGUCCAAGGGAAGCCUGAAUGUUGAAGGAGUUGCCCUUAGCUAUAUUGACUUUAGUGGUAGAAUAGAGACUCAGUCACUAUUUAUCAAAAACAAUGUAAUAGUAGCAUCUGGAACGGCUCACCUCGAAAAAAUGAAGAUUGAAUUGAAAGCAACACAUGACACCGAGCUUUGGGGAGAUGUAAGUGGAACUUUCUCUAAUGCUGUUAACUUCAAGGCCCAUCCCAUUGAAAUCAUUGUUGAUAUCCAGAACAAGGGCAAUGGCGAAGUAAGUCUGGAAAAGUUCCUUUCCACCAAAUUUGAUUUUCAGAAUAACUAUGCUUUAACUCUCAAUCCUAUGAAUCAGCUAAUCAACACUGCAGCACUUGUACGCUUCAGCCAGAAUAAAUACAGCUAUAACUUCACGAUUGUCAACAACAAUGUUGAGACAGCAGUUUAUGCUGCUGCAAAUGGUGAGAUUGACCUGGAUUUCUUAACUGUUCCUAUUAGCAUUCCAGAAAUUGAUAUACCAGUCAUUGAUUUAACCAUCCCCGCCAUCAAUGAUGUCAACUUGUAUGAGACUACUGUCCUUAAGUACUUGUAUACAACCAAGCCAACUAUUGAUGUGAAUACCAAAAUUGUCUACAAAAAAAGCAAGUUUGUACCAAUCAUUGAUCUCGGUUUCAUAAGUGUUCCUGCUGUAGGCAAUCUAAUCUCUGAAAUGUCUUUUAAGUCUUCUAUUUUCAAUCUAAUUGCCAAUGCUGGAAUAUAUGGAGAUAAUGACCUUGUCAUCCGAAUUGCUGCUACAUCUAAUUCUGUGUUUAAAGAGCUUAAAGCCAAUCUUGAAGGUACAAGCAGCCUCACCAUGAAGAGAGGACUGAAAUUGGCCACCGCUUUAACUUUGAACAAUGCUUACAUUGAAGGAACCCAUAACAGCACUUUAACAGUGAACAUAAAAAACCUUGAAGCUACACUAGCAGUGACUUCAGUUGCAAACAUGAAACUGCCAAUCUUGAGCAUUGAAGUUAACCACAACCUGCUUGCUGACACCAAAACCCAUCCAAAUGUAGCAUCUACGUUAACAAUCAACCACAAAUUUGACUUGCCCAUUAUAAUGGCAGUUGGGAGUGGUGAAGCUAAACACAUUGUGAAGGUAGAUGCAGCUGCUUCCUACAUCUCUGUUGAGUCUACCACAAAGGCUAUGAUUGAUGGAACAUUUCUGGAAACUGGUAUUAUGAAGGGAGCUUUGGACAGUGAGGCAACAAUGCACAUGACUGGUGAAGUUCUGCGCUCCAGAAUGAAGACUAUUGGUAAUGUAAAUGUUAAUCGUGGGAAUCUCAAAGUGGUGUUUGAUAUCGAUGAAAAAUUUGACAUGGACUUAAAACUUGGUCAUGUGUACACUAUCAUGACUAUCAAUUCCAACAAUGAAGUCAAUAUUGCCACCUUUAACACAAAGGGUAAGCAUGCUGCCAAAGCCACUUUUGACUUGGCUCCAAUGAGGUCUUUCAUUGCCGAUGUAGAAUUUGACCUGUCUCAGCCAACUUCUCUUGGCGACUUCACCAUCUAUGACAAGACAGCUGUUGACUUGAGUCUCUUAAAGCAGAAGAUUUCCUGUGACACAAAAAUGGUUUCUCCAGUAUAUACCAGCAAAAUUGUUUUUGAAGUGGAAGGAGAUAUCCCAAUCUUCAAAGUUGUUUUCAAGUCCUCAUCACAAUCUCCAGUUGUAAUUCUGCAACAUGAACUUGACAGUUAUCUCAGUACUGCAAUGGAAAAGGAAGUCCUAAAAGCUACAGCUAAGGCUACUCUUGAACAUGAUGAUUUCACAAUAGACUUCAAUAGCAUUUUUAUACCAAGUGAGCCCAGCCAUACCAUGAAUGUUGACAUCACCAGCCCAACAUUUACUGAUGUUAAAAUUCGUUACGCUGCUCAGAGAGAGGAAAUGACUGCUUCAGUUUCCUCACGAUCAACUGGCCUCCUUGGUUUUCAACUCCAGAGCAGGAUUCCAUCUCAAUUGACUUCACGCCUCUAUGGACAAUAUGCGAUUGCAGCUCCGCUUGAUAUUGACAUCCUGAAAAUAAAUGUUGCAGCAAAUGGAGAUGAGAAAAUACAUUUCCAGGUUGAUUGCAACCUUGAAGCACCCAAAGAGAUGAUCCUGGUCCUGAAAAAGAGAGUGCCUCUUAUGACCUCUGCUAUUACCAAUUUUGCAAAAAAAUAUGGUAUUGUUCGUGCCAUCAACGGACUGAAGUCAGUUUUUAUCAGUGCCCUAACUGAAGCCUACACUAUUUCACACACUCAUGCUCCCGAUCUCAGUCAGCUUUCUGUUUUAUUCAGAAAUGUUGUUGUUCAAAAACAGAAGGCAAUUCAGCAUUUAAUUAAUGCUGCUGUCACUUUCCUAAGGGAAACCAAGAUUAGGCUUCCUGGUAUAAAGCAAACUACACUGCGUGAGAUCUGCCAGCAAAUCAAAAGCAACAUUGCUGUGGUGUUAGAAGAAUUUAUUAGUACAAUUUUUAACCGUCUAAAAGCUCACUUCUCAACCAUCAAGAUAGACCUGUGGUAUGGUGAGAGCAUAACUGGAGAUGAAAUUCUAAGUAAUAUUGAAAAUAUGCUGACCGAUAUUGUAAAUAUGAUAAAGCAGCUGAGCCAUGAUGUGAUUCUUGAGAAGUUGGGUCAAACUCUCCAGGAGGUUGUUAAGGAAAUGCAGGAAUACAUUGACAUGAUCCAAAGUGAUUUCCUUGAUAACACUGCUGCAAGUAUCAACACGUUAUACACUAAGUACAUUACACUCAUCAACAGCCUGAUUAAGGAAGCAAAUAGAUCACUGAACAUUAAUAGCUUGAAUGUCAUUGUUGAUAAGUGCAUGGAACUAGCCGUAUUCAUGUUAGAGGACUUCAAUCAUGUCGUCUCCAUAGUUUUUCCAAUAGAGUCAGAGGAGCCAAUUAAUUUUCACAAUGGAAGGCUAAAAAUUGACAUUUCUUUACCCUUCUAUCAGUAAACAGUCAUUAAAAAAAUAUUCUAAAACAUGUGAAACACUACCAACUACUGUUUAGACUAAAUUAAAUCAAGCAACAGUUCAACAUGAAUUCAAAGCAGCCAGAACUCUCUUGCACACACUAUUAAUAUCCUUUUGCUUUAAACUUUUUGUGCAAACAAGAAAUUAUAUAAAAUAAACCAAAAGCAAGAAAACCA